UCUUCUUCUCAGCUCCGAUUCAUUAUUUCCGACAAAAUUCCGCUCUAUUAUUACUACAGAGAUAAAAAAAAAAAAAAAUCUUUAGUAUCUCCGUUUUCAUAAUCAAACGCAGACAAAAGUCCAUUAGUUAAUCAUCCGAAUUAAUGGGAAACUGCUGCAGGAAAUCCCUGUCGUCGACGGCCGUGUGGGCCGACGACGACAGCGACGAUUGGGAAGCCCUCGGCAACCACCACAGGAUAGUCCUCUUCGACGCCGACCGCGGCGAACACAGCGUCGUUGGGGGAGAGGAAAUCAACGACGAUUCUUCUUCGGAUAAGAACCAGCUGCUGCCGGCGAGAUCUUCUUCGUCGUCGUCGUCGUCGGGGAGGGAGGUGAAGAUCAAGGUGUCGAGGAGGGAGCUGGAGGAGCUGAUGUCGAGAGUGGAGAUGCAAGGCUUGUCGUCGGAACAAGUUCUCGCCAGGUUGAUCAUUAGUUCCGCCGGCGGCGGCGGCGGCGCGGCGGGUUUGUUUAGCGAUCCGGCCGACGAGGAUCAUCACCGGCACUGGAAGCCCGUGCUGCAGAGCAUCCCGGAGGUGUAGCUGAAAGAGAAUCUGAUCUCUCUCUAUGUCUCUCUCCGGUCUGUGUAAAUUGAUUCCGGUUCUGUUCUUUGUACAGAUUGUGACGAUGAAAAAAAUAUUAACAUUCUUUGUUCUUCGACUCUUGAUAAUUAUAACAUUUAACUCGCUUGAAAAAAAAAAAUUUGAGUUAGAAUAAAUUUUAGAUAAAUUCAUUGUUAAUCGAUGUCGAGUUUAGGAUAUGAUAAUAUUGAAUUUAAUUAGUGUUGGAGUUUGAGGUGGUGAUGUUUAGCGUAAGGUGGAUUCGGUGAAGGAAUUGGUAUUGAGCACUUCUACUAUGCUAUAUAGUAUUUUGGUGCUUUAAUGUACAACUUAAAGUUGUACCAUAAUAUUAAAUGUAUAAGUUUAGG